AUGCAGCCCCACGACGAGUACGAUUAUCUUUUUAAGGUGAUUCUACUCGGCGAUUCCGGAGUCGGAAAAACCAACUUGCUGUCCCGAUUCGCCGACAACCGAUUCAGCCUGGAGACGCGGCAGACGAUCGGCGUCGAGUUCAAAUGCGCCUCAGUACAGGUUGACGGGAAAACUGUGAAAGCCCAAAUCUGGGACACGGCCGGCCAGGAGCGAUUCCGAGCCAUUACGGCGGCGUAUUACCGCGGAGCUGUCGGGGCUUUGCUGGUAUAUGAUGUUGCCAACCACCAGAGCUACCGUAACCUGGAGCGAUGGCUCGGGGAGCUGCGCGAGCAUGGAGAUCCGGGGAUACAGGUGACGCUCGUGGGCAACAAGAGCGAUUUGCGCCACCUCCGAGCCGUUCCGACUGACGAGGCCAGAAUCUUUGCCGAAAUGCAAAAUUUCUCGUUUUUUGAAACCUCUGCGCUGGAUAGUACGAACGUCGAGACAGCAUUUACCGAGCUUCUGACGCAAAUCUACAGAACUACGAUAGAACGGAAUUUCCAAACCCGCUCGAAUGAUGCCUUCGAUUUGAAUGACGCGGGCGGGAAGGGCAAGAAGGGUUGCUGCAAGAUC